AUGAAUGCUGGCGGAGUAGUGUACAAGAAUUUUGUUGCUCCAGGUGGCAACGAAGGCUGGGGGGGCGGGGGUGGCGGAGAUGGUGGCGUGGCGGAGGUGGCGUGGGUAACGGGGGAUUGGGUGCGGUGGCGGAGAUGGGGGGGGUGGCGGGUUUACGGGGGUGGCGAAGUGGAGGCGGUAACGGAAUGUCAAGAUGGCGGAAUGGUGGCGGGGGUGGUGGCGAUGGCGGAACGGCGGGUUCAUGGUUUGGCGUGA